AACAACAACAAAACCCACAACAAAAAAAAAUUCCAGAAACAGAGAGCUCCUUCCUUCCCAGAAACAUGGGAAACAACGACAACAAUAAUAUCAGUACUAAGAACCAAACCUCAUCAAAAUACUGGAGAUGUUUGGUCUUUUCCAUCCUCUUGAAUUUUGCCUUCUUUGGGUACAACCUUUACUUCUCCGUCGUCGACGACGGAGGGCUGAGCUGGAGCAGGGGAGCGGCAGGGGAAGCAGAGGCGGUGGCUUCCAUCUCCUGCUCCGGCCACGGCAGGGCUUACUUGGAUGGCGUCAUCUCCGCCGGCGACGGCUUGCCGGUUUGUGAGUGCAACACUUGCUAUGGCGGCAGCGAUUGUUCUCAGUUUUCCCCUUCUUGCUCUGCCGACGCUGAUGGCGGCAAUCCCCUGUUUCUGGAGCCGUACUGGAGGCAACGCGCCGCCGCGAGCGCCCUCGUGGUCUCCGGCUGGCACCGGAUGGGCUACUCCUUCCCCGACGGCACCAACAUCUCGCCGGAGCUCGAGCGCCACAUCCGCCAGCUACACGCCGUCGUCGGAAACGCCGUCACCGAGGGCAGGUUCAUCGUCUUCGGAGCCGGAUCCACUCAACUCCUCAACGCCGCCGUCCACGCCCUCUCCCCCGGCGGCGGCGGCGGGGUCGCCGCCGGAGUGGUGGCCACCGCCCCGUUCUACCCGAUCUACGAGCUGCAGACGGAGUACUUCGCGUCGGUGGAUUUCCAGUACCAGGGGGACACGUCCCUCUGGAUCGCCGGCGGGAACAGCUCGUCGGAGAAGAAGAAUCUCCCCGACGGGAAGACGAUCAUUGAAUUUGUCACGUCGCCGAAUAAUCCGGACGGGAAGCUGAACGAGGCCGUUCUUAAGGGCCCGAAUUUCAAGGCGAUUUACGACCGGGCUUACUACUGGCCCCAUUUCACUCCGAUCCCGGCGGCCGACGACGGGGAGCUCAAGAUCUUCACACUGUCCAAGCUCACCGGCCACGCCGGCUCCCGAUUUGGAUGGGCUAUCGUGAAAGACGAGGACGUGUACAACAAAAUGCUGAUGCACAUGCAGCUGAACACCAUGGGCGUUUCGCGGGACACCCAGCUCCGAGCUCUCAAGCUUCUGAAAACCAUCAUGGCGGAAGGCGGCGGGCGGACCAUCUUCGACUUCGGCUACCAGACCAUGAAGUCCAGGUGGGAGAAGCUGCGGAAAGUCGUUUCGGUGUCGAAACGUUUCUCCCUCCAGGACGUUUCGUCCCACUACUGCGUUUUCUCCGGCCGAGUCAGAGAAUCCUCCCCAGCGUACGGAUGGUUGAAGUGCGAAAGAGAGGAAGAGAGCGAUUGCUAUGGAGUGCUUAAGGCCGCCGGAAUCAUAGGCCGGGGAGGAUCCGUGUUCUAUGCCACGGAUCGAAACGUGAGGCUGAGCCUGAUCAAAACUCGGGAUGAUUUCGAUUUGCUCGUCGACAAGCUUCAGAAGUUGGUCUCUGCGGAACAAGAUGAAGAAGAAGGAGGAGGUGAUGGCAAUGGCAUUGAACAGCACGUUGCCAAUGUGACCGAAUACCAGCCACUUCGAAGAAGAAUGUGAAACAAAAUACGGGUAUACAACAGAAGACAAGUUGGAUGCAAUUGUCGGUUCUAAGUUAAUUAAGGUCAUUAAUCGUGUAUCUAUAUACACAAAUAUGCAAGCAGGUGUUUUAUGUGCAAAUUAAAUGCAUAAUUUGUAUGAUGGAGUAGGUCAAAUCUAUUGACCUGCCUUUAGUUAAUUUGUAAUUUUUUUGUACAUUCAGAGUAAGGAUGGAGACAAAUAUAUGUGAUAUGAAGUGGGAGUUGGAGUAGGUCAAAUUUAUUGACCUGCCUUUAGUUUGUAAAUUUGUUUGCUUACUUUCUCUGUACAUUCACGGUGAAGAAGAGAAUACGGAGGUGAAGAAUCUAUUGAACUAUGUAGGUUUGUAAGGUUGGCACCAGAGAUGUCCAAUGACUCGGUCAGGUCAGAUACGACUCUGAAGGUUGUUUUUCGGUAUGUUUGUCUAUAGGAUGAAGUUAUGGUCGG